AUGCACUCAUAUGAAAUCCUGAAUGAAUCUGAUAACAUUCCCAUGUUACCCGAAGAGCUUGAGCACGCCAAGAAUAUUUUCGAGAGAAUCAUGCGCCUAUUUCCAAGAUGGAGUGUCCACCGUGAAAUUAUUGAUAGUACCCAAACACUUGUAAAGAUGUCCCGAGAUCUUAUCAUUGAAAACAAAUCCUCUAUUCAGAGUAAUGCCAUUAAUGACUAUCUUCAUGUUCUAUUGAGCAUCGAAAAAAUUUACGAGAACACUGUGGCACCGCAACCGUCAAGUGAGGAAGCCAGACAGGAAUUGCAAACAGGCUUAGAAGAGUUAAAAGAGGCUACGAAAAAAUUAAAAAAUACGAUCAAAAGAAAAAGUUGGGGACACGAAAUUAAAAAGAAAUUCGUCGCUAUCUUCUUGAAAUCGAACGUCAACAACGACGUUAAACCCGAAUCAGAGAAGUUGAUCGUUAAUGUCGAAGCCAUAGGAGAGUUGGUCAAGAGGGCGAAUGGAACGAUAACGAAGAAGUGGUAUCCCAAAGAGAAAACAUUUGUUGCUGAAAGAAAGAUUGGAUUUUUCCAAAAAUGUACUGCCAAAGAGUCCAAACUCAAAGAGGAGAUCGAAUGGCUUAAAGAACUUUCCCGAGAAUGUGAUUACAUUCUUCCAUGUUAUGGGUACGUCCACCGUACAGAUUAUUACUCCAUAUUCAAAUGGACCGAGUAUAAUCUUCGGGAUUAUCUUGCUGGUAAACCAAAUCUUGCAUGGCAAGAAAGGAUUUAUAUCGCACGCAGCAUUGCAAAGGCAUUGGAUUAUAUUCACAAAAAAGAAUUGGUACAUCAUGAAAUCACAAGUGCGAAUGUACUGUUGACCGAAAAUCUGGUACCUAUGCUCUACAAUUUUGCCACGACCAACCGUUAUUCGGUCAUAUCGAAGCACAUUGGGAACAUCCCAACAUCACAAUGGACGGCACCCGAAGUAUUUAAAGGUGAACACACAAAUAAAAGUGAUGUUUAUAGCUUUUCCAUUAUUCUGUGGGAAUUGGCCAGUGAGAAGGUUCCUUUCGAAAACGCCUCGUUUGAAAACAUUUGGUUAGAUAUUCAUUCGACGAUGAAACGCCCUCAACCGCAAAAAAUCAUUGGGGCACCUGUCAAUUAUCAAAAAAUCAUGGAACAAGGAUGGGACCAUAAUCCGAAAAAUCGUCCUACGAUGGAAGAGAUGCUCGGUUGCUUAGACAAGUUAUCACAUGCUUUUAUUGAUCAAGCUAAAAUUGAAACUGUCAAAGGAAUGACCAAUGAUCUAGGCGAAACUAACAAUCGUUCCGCUGAAAACAACUACUUUGUGUCAAGCAUAGAGAGCAUUGUCACCGAAAUUGUGAUUCCUGUGUAUCAAUCGGAUUUAAAUGAUGAAUCGAGAGAAAUCUCUAGCAACAACAAUAGCUUCUUGAAGGCCGUACCCUAUCCACCCGAAGAAGAUGACGAGUUCUUUAAAGCUGAAUCGGAGAGUAACCAGGAUAUACAAGACCUAAGCGAAAACGAAGAUUUCUUGAAAGCGACCUGCUUUAUUAAACAAGAGACGAAAGGUUCGCAUGAAGACAGCGACUCCUUUAAAAUGGUUAACACAAAUACGCAAUAUUCAAGCAACAAUGAAAGCGAGUGGUCAGUUAGAUCUGAGGGUAAAGAUAAACAAGGUUCCCAUGAUAAUCAACGUAUUUUGAGCAUGGACAUACCAAUUAUACAAUAUUCAUACGAUAACGAAAGUGAAUUGCCCAUUAGCUCCGAAGAUACCCAAGAUUUACCAGGGUCGCAUGAUAAAGCGCGCAAUCUAAACUUCGAAUAUUCAAGCGAUAAUGAAGGAGAGUGGUUUGUUGACUCCGAUGAUUAUUCAUUGAAGGCUGGUAACCUGAACACACAAUAUUUAACCGACAAUGAGGAAGAAUGGUCCGCUGACUCUGAUGGUAACCAAGAUCUACAAAACCCACAUUAUGACAACAAUCAUUUGGAAGCAUAUAAUGGGGACAUACAAUAUUCAAGCGAAAAUGAAUCCGUGUGGUCUACAGAUUUUGAGGGUAGUCAUGAUGCACAAAAAUUACAAGGCAACGAUCUUCUGAAAGUUGGUAGCUUUGAAACACAAUUUUCGAGUGACAACGAAGCAGAACAAAAUUCGUGUGACAACAAUAUUAAAUCUAAGGACGUAAAGAGGACCUCAAUUUCAUCAUUAAUUCCUACUUCAUCACACAAACCCUCUCGCUCGGCCAGAACAAAAGACAAACAUCUUUCUAUAAACUCUGAUACCUCGCAUGAAUCUUCCUCCGAUGAAUUAAAUCCUAGCGACAACAGUCGCAAAAAUUCUGCCAGCAAAAUUCCAUCUCUAUCAUCUCGGAAGCUUCUAGAUGAAGGCAAGAAGCACCAUGAGAAAGGACAAUACAAGGAAGCCUUUGAGAAAUUUGUUGAAAGUCUUAAAAAAGAAGAUUUAGCCGAAUCCAAUUACUGGAUUGGAUAUUAUUAUUUCAAUGGUUUACACGAUGGCAAGCGAGAACCUCAGAAAAGCAUGAAGUAUCUAUACAAGGCCGCUGAGAAAGGUCAUCCGAAGGGACAAUACUUGUACGCCCUUCUUAUUCUACGUUAUCCAAUAGAAAAUUCAAAUGGUGAUUUUUCCACUGCGAUAAGAUUUCUGAAGGAAGCGGCAAAACAGAAUCAUGUCAAAGCAAUGAAAGAACUUAUAAGUAUGUACAUGAAUAAUCAUUACGUCGAACGUGAUACAGAGAAAGCACGAAAACUGAAGAGAAAAGUCGAAGCGUUAAUGCUGGAAAGAAACGCAAAAAAUACUUCAGACAAAUGUUUAUCGCAGAAAAAUUUGGUGAAAAGGAAAUCAGACGAGUGUUUGUCAAAAAGCUCAGAGAAAAAUUCAGCUGAAGGGAAAACCAAAGUUGUAGAAAACAAACGUUUAUUGGAAAAUCCAAAGAAGAAUCCGAAAGUAAAGGAAGCUAGAAUUGUGCCAAAUGUUUAUGGUACCGACGUGACUAAUAAAAGAAAAACGCUAAUUCCAACAAGAAAGAUUUAA